AUGGCCUUUAGCCGGCUCGUAGCCGUGGCAUUAGCUAUAGCACUAUUCGGAAGCUCCGUGUCGGCCCAACAAUGCGGAUGCCCAAGCUGUGACCCCUGCCCACAAUGUGCACCAAUGCUAUGUUUCCUCUCCCAACCACCCCCUCCAACUGUCUGCUCAUGUGCACCACCCCCACCUCCACCCCCACCAGUCUUCCUAGCUCCCCCACCAGCUCCAAGCGUCUACCUCUCUCCACCACCCCCACCUCCACCACAACAGGUGUUCUUCGCACCACCCCCCGUACCAUACCCACCACCACCAGCCCCGGCUCCAGCUCCUCCAGCCCCACCAGCUUACUAUCCUCCCCCACCGCCACCGGCCUAUGCUCCUCCUCCACCACCUCCAGCUUAUGCUCCACCACCUCCACCGGCUUACGGUCCUCCACCACCGCCGGCUUUUGCUCCACCACCAGCUUAUGAUGCCCCACAUGUGUUCUUUGCUCCUCCACCACCACCUCCACCAGCUCCGGCUCCGGUGUUCUUCUCUGCUCCGGCCCCACCUCCACCACCGCCUUGCUCAUGCCCGCCACAAGAAGGUAAGUGGGUUUGGGGGUUUGUACUGAACAGUACUUUCUAUAGCACGAAGGUUAAUAUGAUGUGGUGUGGAGUGAGAUAACUAUAAUAAUACUGAGUAUAUCUAAUCUAUACCUACAUUUACAUUACUACAAGAUGAGAUAAUACAGAGUAAAGGCGAUGUUAACCAUGCACAGUGUGAUCUUCUAAACCAUAUGCUGUGUUAAACUACAGUACUACUCAAGUACUAUGUUGUAUCCCUAUGCCAAGCCCUGGCCGAGCGACAAACUCUAAUUUCAAUCUCACCUAACCACCGUUCACAUUGAAAUUAGGACCAAAUCGUCUCGGCCGCCCCAAACCAAGCCAAGCUAGCCGAACUAUCCUCGUUUUGAUUUAGUCUACGUUUUAGUGCCAUGUCGUUGCCCACCAGCCCCACUUCCACCACCACCUCCACCGGCUCCAGUAUUCGCUGCGCCACCAGCUUUCGCUCCACCUCCACCAGAGCUGAUUAGCCCUGCGCCACCACCGCCAAUGCCGCUGUUCUCGGCCCCGUUGCCUUGCCCAUGCCCAGCGGGUGGUAAGUUUUGGAGGAGAUGAGGAAGGGAGGAAGGGCGGGGGAGCUAUGAUUAUUGGCUGUUUUUAAAAGUUUGUUUAAUAUUAAAGUGUUCAAAUAAUUCUGUGCCCCUAAUUCUGAAAAUGUGUUUUGAGAAGGGGCGCAGCAUUAAUUGAACAACCCAGUAUUAAGGUGUUCAAAUAAUUCUGUGCCUCCUGUCAAAGCACAUAAUAAAAUAAGGAAGCACAGAAUUAUUUGAACAACCUAAUAAUAAGGAAUUCAAUUAAUUCUGUGCUCCUUUUCAAAGCAAAUUUUUGGACGUAGAGGGCACAGAAUUAUAUAAACCAGUUAAUAAAACAAACUUCAAAACCAGCCCAAAGGCUUGCCCAUGCCCGGCGGGUGGUACAACACUUGUUUUAGGCUUAUAAUGUAAGCCUAAAAGCUCUUUAAGCCCUGCGUGUACCUUUUAGGGAACUUCGUAUAUCAAGAGUAAAUUUCAAGUAUUUGCAGUAACGCCAUGCACAUGCCCACCAAACACCUAUGUCUUCCGUUAUCCCUUCGCCAAGUCAAGGAAGAUGAGAAGAUUCAGAUCAGAGCUGAAGAAGGCCUCCGCUCCAGCUGAGACCAAGCCUGAAGAGGCUAAGGUUAAGGCUUAA